GACCUCCCAGAGUUGCCCAAACUUCUGACCCAGACUCUGCAGAGGCCUGCGCGGAGGAAGAGGAAGGACUCGUGCCGCAAGCUCCCCAGCUCCUGGACUUCAACGUGGACGAGGUGGCCGAGCAGCUGACCCUCAUGGACUUGGAGCUCUUCUCCAAGGUGAGGUCCUACGAGUGCCUGGGCUCCGUGUGGUCGCAGAGGGACCGGCCCGGGGCUGCAGGCGCCUCCCCCACUGUGCGCGCCACCGUGGCCCAGUUCAACACAGUGACCGGCUGUGUGCUGGGUUCCGUGCUCGGAGCGCCGGGCUUGACCGCCCCGCAGAGGGCGCAGCGGCUGGAGAAGUGGAUCCGCAUCGCCCAG